AAUUAAACAAUUAUCAGAUUCAACGUGAUCACUUUCCGCCCCUCAUCCACAAACCGCCACUGGUUUUCUCUCGUAUAGGCCAGUGUGAGCCUAUUACAUCCUCAAAUCAAAUCAAAACUCUCCAAACAAUUCAACACUCACAAAUAGCUUUCCUUGACCCAGAAACAAUGAGUACCUCAAAAACAGUGAGGAAGCUACAGGUUCUGUCCCCUGUUCCUGCUGACAUAGACAUUGCUAACUCGGUUGAACCUGUUCAUAUCUCUGAGAUUGCCAAGGACCUUAAUCUUAGUCCAAAUCACUAUGACCUUUAUGGAAAAUAUAAGGCCAAGGUUUUGUUGUCUGUUCUUGAUGAACUGCAAGGAUCAGAAGAUGGUUAUUAUGUUGUGGUUGGGGGCAUUACUCCAACUCCUCUUGGAGAAGGCAAAUCUACUACUACAGUGGGGCUUUGUCAAGCUUUGGGUGCUUACCUUGACAAAAAGGUGGUCACCUGCGUUCGUCAACCAUCACAAGGACCUACUUUUGGAAUCAAAGGAGGUGCAGCUGGUGGUGGUUAUAGUCAAGUGAUUCCCAUGGAUGAAUUCAAUCUUCAUCUAACAGGAGAUAUCCAUGCAAUAACUGCAGCAAACAAUCUUCUAGCUGCUGCAAUUGACACCAGAUUUUUCCAUGAGUCAACACAGUCAGAUAAGGCUCUUUUUAACCGGUUAUGCCCUCCAAAUAAAGAAGGAAAGAGGAGCUUCAAUGACGUCAUGUUCCGGCGUCUUAAGAAGCUUGGCAUUUCAAAGACAAAUCCAGAUGAUCUUACACCAGAAGAAGUAACUAAAUUUGCUAGGCUUGAUAUUGACCCAAAUUCUAUCACAUGGAGAAGGGUAAUGGACAUCAAUGACAGGUUCUUGAGAAAAAUCACUGUUGGCCAGGGACCUGAUGAGAAGGGAAUGGUAAGAGAAACAGGAUUUGAUAUCUCAGUUGCUAGUGAGAUCAUGGCUGUUUUGGCACUCACAACAUCCUUAGCCGAUAUGCGAGAGAGGCUUGGGAAAAUGGUUAUUGGAAAUAGCAAGAGUGGUGAUCCUAUAACUGCUGAUGAUCUUGGUGUUGGAGGCGCUUUAACGGUUUUAAUGAAGGAUGCCAUUCACCCUACCCUUAUGCAGACUCUAGAAGGAACUCCUGUUCUUGUUCAUGCCGGUCCAUUUGCAAAUAUUGCUCAUGGGAAUUCUUCUAUUGUGGCUGAUAAGAUUGCUCUAAAGUUGGUGGGAAAAGGUGGAUUUGUUGUUACUGAAGCUGGUUUUGGUGCUGAUAUUGGAACUGAAAAGUUUAUGAACAUUAAGUGCCGAUACAGCGGCUUGACACCUCAGUGUGCGAUUGUCGUCGCAACAAUAAGGGCGCUGAAAAUGCAUGGCGGAGGGCCUGCAGUUGUUGCUGGAAAACCUCUUGACCAUGCGUAUUUGACUGAAAAUGUUGCUCUGGUUGAGGCUGGAUGUGUGAAUAUGGCACGACACAUAGUGAACACAAAAGCUUAUGGCAUGAAUGUUGUAGUUGCUAUCAACAAGUUUUCUACUGACACUGAAGCUGAGUUGAAUGCGGUUCGAAAUGCUGCCUUAGCUGCUGGUGCUUAUGAUGCUGUGAUUUGUUCCCAUCAUGCUCAUGGUGGCAAAGGAGCAGUUGACCUGGGCAUUGCAGUUCAAAAAGCUUGUGAGAAUGUGGCACAGCCAUUGAAGUUCCUAUAUCCUCUGGAACUGGGUAUAAAAGAGAAAAUAGAGGCAAUAGCAAAGUCAUAUGGAGCCAGUGGGGUUGAAUUUUCAGAGCAGGCUGAAAAGCAGAUUGAGAUGUAUACCAAGCAAGGAUUUUCAGGGCUUCCAAUCUGCAUGGCGAAGACUCAGUACUCUUUCUCUGACAACGCUGCUGCGAAGGGAGCUCCCAGUGGGUUUAUCUUACCAAUAAGGGAUGUAAGAGCUAGUAUUGGAGCUGGAUUCAUAUACCCUUUAGUUGGAACAAUGAGUACUAUGCCAGGCCUUCCAACAAGGCCAUGCUUCUAUGACAUUGAUCUUGACACAGCAACUGGAAAAGUCAUUGGUCUUUCUUAAAACCUCAAGUGGCUCUCACAUUACCACUUGCAAUAGCUUCAUGGAUGCUAUUACAUACCCCUUUACGAAGUUCAUGAAUGUCACAGUAACAUGUUCCUCCUUCUAUGUUUGCUUGGUGGGGUGAUCUGUAUGCAUCGAAUAAGUAUUUGAGGAGAAAUUGUAGUUUGUUGUGAGAAUUCUUUUUUCAGCAAAAACCUUUCUCCCUUUUACAUUUUCUUACUAAAAUGUUGUUUUUACUUUUUAUUAAGGAGGAAGGAAGAGAACAGGAAAAAAGACUAGUGAUAUUUAUCUCUAUUUCUAAUAAGCGUAAUUAAUAUGGUGUUUGGUCA